UGGAGGAACCUUUUAAAGAGCGGCACAGCAGGCAGCACACCUUUGUCGUCGUCGUCCUGGUCUUCAUCAUGAAGCUGUUCACCAUAUUCACGCUGUUUGUCUUCGCUCAAUGCAGCUCAGCCACGGAGCAGGAUGCGUCUGUGUCCGAGCUUCUGUGGCGGGCCAACAAAGACGCCGUUCACACGGCGGAGGAGCCUCUGGUGAUGGACGACAUUGCUUUCGACAAAGACGGCGAGCGGAACGCUGACCAGUGCACAUCGCGAGGGUGCAUGUGGGCCAAGUCUGCGGACGGCAAAGUCUACGUGCCCUACACCAUCUCCACCGGUUACUCUUCUCGCGAGCGCUCUAUCAUCGAGCGCGGCCUGAACUCCUUCCAGUCUGUCUCCUGCAUUCGCUUCGUCAAUCGCAACAGCCAGAGAGACUACAUCAGCAUCCAGUCCAACAAUGGGUGUUACUCGUACGUGGGUCGCCGUGGCAAUACUCAGCCCUUGUCUCUGGACCGCAAGGGCUGCUUGUACCACAGCACCGUCCAGCACGAGCUGCUGCAUGCACUCGGUUUCAACCAUGAGCAGUGUCGCUCCGACCGAGACCGACACAUCCGCAUCCUCUGGGAGAACAUCCAGCCUGGUUGGGAGUACGCCUUCGACAAGAUGAACACGCUCAACAUGAACACGGCAUAUGACUACAACUCUGUCAUGCAGUACCACAGGUACGCAUUCUCCGGCAACAACAAGCCCACCAUGGUGCCCAUCCCCAAUGCCAACGUCAGCUUCGGCAAUGCCAGCCAGAUGAGCAAGAACGACAUCGCCCGACUCAACUCGCUCUACAAGUGUUAGGAGGUGGUGAAAGCGACAUCCAUCCAUCCAUCAUCUGAGCCGCUUCUCCUCACUAGGGUCGCGGGCGUGCUGGAGCCUAUCCCAGCUAUCAUCGGGCAGGAGGCGGAGUACACCCUGAACUGGUUGCCAGCCAAUCGCAGGGCACAUACAAACAAACAACCAUUCGCACUCACAUUCACACCUACGGGCAAUUUAGAGACUUCAAUUAACCUACCAUGCAUGUUUUUGGGAUGUGGGAGGAAACCGGAGUGCCCGGAGAAAACCCACACAGGCACGGGGAGAACAUGCAAACUCCACACAGGCGGGGCCGGGGAUUGAACCCCGGUCCUCAGAACUGUGAGGCAGACGCUCUAACCAGUCGCCCCUCGAAAGCAACACAACUGAGAUUUGUCUCAUUUCCGAUGAUACUAUUAAAAUGUGCACAUUCAUGCA